CACUAAACUGAAAACGUUAGUGUUUAAACAUUAAUAAAACAUACUUACAAAUAGAUGUUUGAUUUGUAUGAGAUAUUUGAAGUGAAACAAAAUUGCUUUUGCAACCAAUAAGGACCCAGUUCUCAUUACAUGUCAUAAAGGCAUAGACUAGAUGAUGCGAUAAUAUUACACAUACCUUUUGAUGGCUGUCAAAGGUUUUUUUAAAAGAAACCUCGCUGAUACAUUACAAAUUGUUUUAAAACUUAAAUAAAUUGACGGUAUUUGGCGGUUAAUUCUUCAUAACUCAAUAUAUUCGUUUCGCACACCAUUGAAUCACCGAUUCUUUUGAGAGCAAAUAUAGUGGAUUCUGCAAAUAUUUUCACCAAGUAUGGAGCUCACUAGAAAGAAAUAUGAAGUAAUCAGUGCUGCAAUGUAUCAUAUAAUAGCUUUUUGUGUGUUAAUAUGUGCGAGCCUCAUUUUGAUUAUUAUCCAAACAGUAUUUUCAUAUUGUGUUUCUGCAGAAUCAGAUCUCGCUUGGCCUUCAGUUCUAAUCCCGUUCGCUUACAUUGCUGCGUUUUUAUUAAUUUUAACUGCUGGUGCAACCUUGACUGCUGGAUUAGCAGACUCAGAUGAAUGGGACACAGCCAGUGUUGUUAGUUGCAUCUUUCCACUAAUAGUAACAACUGCAAUCGCAUGCACAACUAUACAACAGUACAUGGAUGGAUCUCUACCUAAAUCAAGCAUGUUAAUUAUGGGUAUAAUUAACAGUAUAAUAGCUUUUCUAUGUUUUAUCCACGGUAUUUUAUUAUGUGCUGAUUUUCGCUUAUGUAUAAAUGUAAAAGUUCAUGACUCGCUCCCAACAAUAGAAAUCCCCAUACCUAAAGUAACCAUAGAAGAUGGGUCUGUUUUAUUGGAUGAUGCUAACUGUGUGAAUUCGAAUGAUGUCUGAUACAACUUUUUAAUCGAUAACCAACAAAUUACGUAGUAUACUAGUCUAACUUUCAUUCAUAUCCAUCUUAUAAAGUACUGAUCAGAUGUCAGUAUAUAAAAGUACUUAUUAGUUAAAAUUAUUUUUUCAUAGUAGUAAUUGUUUGAUUUCUUUAAAUUGAUAUGAUUUGGUCCGUAUACUCUACGUAUGAAAUGAUCUUGGCUUUAAUAAUUUGAUCAAAUCACUCUUGGAGAAAAAUAUACAUUAUUUUUGCGAUUAUAUUUCCGUACAUCGUCCUCUUGGUGCAUUUAUAAGCAAUUUAACUUGAAAUGAACUUGAACUCACGUAUCGAAAAUAUUGUUUUCGUAUGUUCAUUGUUCAAUGUUACUUGAUGAAUAUCCAUUAACUUUUGAUGUUCUAUAAAAACAAAAACAAAAUUGGUUACAAUAAUUUACUCUCUAGUUAUUUUUUUUAUUGUUGAGUAUUUCAUGUUGAUUGGACUGGAUAGAUUAUUUGUAAAAAUUAAAAAUACUACUUUAGACAAUAUGAUCAGCGACAACUUUGAGAAGAAUAUACAGUCUUAUAUCUGUUAAUGGAAAUAUUUUCACAAUUAAUAUGAACGAAGAAUAUUCUUUUCAAUGAAUUUCUCAUUAGGAUCUAC